GUUUCUCUGUUUUGGUCUCUGUUUAUUAAUGUAGGAAAACAAUUGAAUUAUACCGGGUUUUAUCUUCUUUUUUUGAUUACUGGUUAGAUAAUUCACUUUUUUGUAUGUUGGGUAUGAGUUUUCUUGUUUAAAUUUGUGUAUGUGGGUUUUGUGAUUUCUUUUUGGGGGUUUUCUUCUUGGAUCAUUAAAUAAGUAAAAUGGUUAAUGUUUCAUGAAAAAAUGAUUGCAGAUAGUGGUUAAGAAUUUAGUGAUAUGAGGGUUUUGCGGGAUUUUUUCUUGAUUUGGUCAGACUUAGUGAUAUUUGGAAGUUGAGUUCUUUGUUUAUUGACUUCCCUUGUAUAAAUAAGUUCACUAGCAGGAAAUGAUUUAGGGAUCGUUUGGUUACUGGAUAAGGAUUAAGUUAUUCAAGUAUUAAAUAUUGCAUAAGCUUUACCAUGUUUGGUAGCAUAUUUUUGUUAAAUUAUAAAAUUCAACACACACAAUACUAUGUUUGGUUAUAAAAUUAGAAAAUCACAUAACUAAUACAUGUUUAAGUUAUGAGUCAAUCUAUGUAUUAUUUUAUGCAGGGUAAAAGAUGGAAUAAGUUAUACCUGAAUAACUAAUACCUGAAUAAAAAUAUGUAUUGACAAUUUUACCCUUCACUCUCAAUCAAUAUACACCACAGGCUUUUAGAUAAACAUUCUCAUCCUUUAUCCAUCUGUAAAUCUAGAGAAUGGUUCUUCAUCUUCCAGGCAAGUAGAUUGAAAAACUUUCAAUCUGACGUUCUUUCUUUGAGAUUGAAAUGGCUAGUUUUCCUGCUGCAACAUCCAACACGUCCAUAAAGAGGGCAAGAAAAUCAACACCUUCAUGUCGAAGGAUAUGGACUCCAGAAGAGGAACUUACUCUUAUAGAUGGAUUAAAAGAAUUGUGUGUUAAUGGUUGGAGAGGAGAUAAUGGAACCUUUAGACAUGGAUAUUUAAUGGAAUUGGAACACUACAUGAAUGCUCGUCAUCCUAGUUGUGGAUUGAAAUCUCUACCACAUGUUGAUUCUAAAAUAAGAGCAUGGAAAAAGAGUUAUGCAACCAUAUCGUUGCUAAAGAGUCGAAGUGGUUUAGGAUUUCAAUAUAGUGACGGAAGUAUCUUAGUUGAUUAUCCAAAAGCUUGGGAUGACUUGAUAAAGGUUGAUCCAAAUGCCAAAUCAAUGAACUUAAAAAAAUGGCCAUUAUUUGCUGACUGGGAAGAGAUAUUUGGCAAGGAUAGAGCCACUGGAGAGUUUGCAGAAGGUCCAGAAGAUGCUGUUGAAGAAAUAGAAAGAAUUGAAUCUCAAGAAAUUACUAAUGGCAUGUCUGUGGGAUUUCCUAUUGAUGUUGUCGACAUAGAUGAUGCUUCAGGCACAAGAGAAAAUCAAGCUGCUCAAGAGGAACCUAAUGUAUCAACUGGAGCAACACAAAGUCCAUUUACUGCUCAAGCUGAACCUAAUGAAUCAACUGGAGCAGCACAAAGUUCAUUCACCGCUAAAAAAGGUGAAACCCAUCAAUCUCAGAAAAAGGGCAACUGUUUUAAAGCAUCAUCUUCUAAAGUCAACGAAAAAGGUAGAUGCAAAAAAAGAAAAGCAGUUGAAGAUGAUAAUGAGACUGUUCUUAAAGGUUUGAUGGAGGUGAUGAAACAAUUCACUGAAAGCCAUGAUAAGAGAAUGGCUUCUUUAAUUGACAAGCUAGGAGAGCGUGAUCUAUCUGAAAUUCGUGGUAAGAUAUUUUCUAUUAUUGGAUCCCCUGCAUAUGAAAUAUACAACUCAGAUGAACGAGUUAAGGCAGCAAUGGGAAUUACUCAAGAUAUAAAGAGAAUGGAAUUCUUCUUAAGCAUCAGCGAACUUGAACGUCACAGUAUGAUAUGGAUGAUUAUUAAUGAUAAGCUUUAAUUCACUGAAUGGUUUUUGUGUAGCUAUUUUGUAAGGUCUAACCAUAAUGGGAUCUUUUUUUACCUAGUAGAAUGUCCACAAAUGUGCAUAUAUGUGAAUGCUGUGGGCUCAAAAGUAGGUUGUUUUUGUAUAACAAAUACAUGAUUAUGUUCAAUAUUAGUGCUUUUGUAAGUAGCCAACUAAAAUGAUCUUCAGAUUGCUCAAGCAGUUGAUCUAAACGACUAUUCAACAGUUGGGGUAAUCACAAAGAUCCAGUCAGAAGUACAAAGUACUCAGAUGCUAUUUUGUCAAGUGUUGUUGAGGCUGGUGUUUAUGUGUUUGUCAUUGAAGGAUAAUGUUACAAAAAUAGGGGACUUCUUUUGGGGAAAAAUGUAAUUGUAUGUCUUUGUUGUAUGGGUUAACUUUUGUAAUUAAACAAUGAAUUAUGCUAAGUUUCAUUCACUUUAAAUGAAGGUGUAUAUUUUAACUGUGAA